GCGCGAGUGGCGGUCUUUCCGUGGCUGGCGAGCCCUUUCCUGGAUGAAAAGGCAGAAGGAUGAAAGGGUCGUGGUGCCGCAGAAGGCAGCCUGGCUUUCCUGGGGGGAGCCCUGUGGCUCUGUUGUGAUCUCUGGUAGCGUGUGCUGGCACUGAGUGAAAAUCUUGGUUUUGGAAGGCAGGAGAGUUGAGGGCUCGUGGGGGGCCAAGAGGCCGUCGUCGGUGCCUGCCUGUGGCCACAGAGUCGGCCGCAGCGUGUCGGCUCCCUGGAGCUGCCCGGCCCCGUCUGGAGCCCGCGGGGAGAUGGCGUGGUGGUGGCCGGGCGCGGCACUUCUUUCAGAGGCGGGCAGGGGCGGCCGCACGGCUGUGGGCUCAUACGAGGCAGCUUGACCCUGAUACCCUCUCUCUUGUUGCCCGUUUGUUGCACCUGCUGUGCUGUGCUGAUUUACAAUGGAGACCUUGAUUAGGUUUUUUUCUCUACAAACCUGCCUGGCAGCCUCAGGAGCAGUAGUACUGCUUGUAACGCGCCUUUGCCAGGGGGGGUAAGCUGGAGGGUCAUGGCUUGGGUAAGUACCCACUUGUCGUGCAUGGUGCCUUAGCUUCAGGCAGUUCCAGAGGGUUUUUUUCCUUGUUAAUUAUACCUGAGAGUUUUGCCCUGUUCCCUUUUCUGGAAUGGUAAUGAGACUUUGGUGUAAAUCAGAGCACACAGUGCCACGUAACCCGAUGUAAUGCCAUUGACCACUCGCAGCGGGGGUUUUAAUAGGACCGACCGUCUUCCCCAAGAAGAGCUUCUGUCAUUGCUUCACUACAGGGGCUGGUAACUGCCCUACUCGGGGCAUCCUGCUAGCUCCUCCUUCCGUUCUGAGGCAGGUUCUCCCGGCUGCAUGGCCGGUACAGGUCAUGCCGAGGAGACAGCCAGGAGUUGUGGGGAUUCUUUGCUGGUGCAUGUUCGGUUGACUCGAACCCCUCGCAUAAGUGUUCUCUAAGGCUAAGGGCUUUAGGCCGCCAACCUUGGGGCAGCCCAUCCCGUCCCCAGUGUGAGCCGAGAGCCUUCUCACUUUUCAGGAAGGGGAAAGCUCUCCCUUUUCUGCCAACUCCGGUAAGCAGUGCUUUCUGGCAAGUGCUGGCUAACUACCAUCCCAUCCUUGUGCAGAAGGGAAUCCUUAACAGCCCAAGACCAGGCCACAUUACUCAUGCUCAAAAGGAUAACUAAUGAAAGCAUUUGGUAACAGAUUUAGACCCGAAUUAACGUUUUGGGAAAUGGAAAUGUCAGUGAGAGAUGCCAGGAGCAAGGCCAAUAAUGUGCAUUGGCACUGGGCACAGGCGUAUGCCCUGCUGUGGGCAUAGGCCCUUUUAAGGAGCGUCCUCCUUUUGGUGGUACAGCCGUUCGGAUCUUUGGGCACAUUUUUGGGGCACUUAAAUAAACCGAAGCCUUAAGGUAGAACGUGUUAAAAAAAAAAAUCUACCAGUCAUACAAAGUAUGUUUAUUGCCUUUUCUCCACUGGGCCACAGAAAGUCAAUAAUUAUGCUAAGACAAUGAAACCUAAUGUUUUUUAACCUCUGGCUUACUUAACUCUAGCUUUUUCCAAGCUAAUCGGCUUCUCCAGAGGCACUUUGGGUAUCUCCAUGCUAGAGUGGCUCUCCGGGCUUUUGUAAAGCCCACUAGUGUGGGUGGAGGGCUGGCCGCUGUCUGUAAGAUCUGACUCCUGGCCUGUGGGCACCAGCAGUGCCUAAUGCCUCUGCUUUUGAGGGUAUUUUUUGAGCCUUUCUGGAUCACUUGCCCUUUCAAAUCCAGUCCUGCCCAGGGACUUGUGUGGAAAGGCUUAGCAUUCACCCUGUAGAUGGUGGGGGGCCGCCUCUUGCAGCGCUCACUGAAUGCUAACUCUCCUUUGGGAGCCUUUUCGGGGGAGGGAGAGUGGGAAGCCAUUAGAGGUAAGUCUCCCACUGUCCCCCGUCCCUAGCUGCUCGUUCGGGGCGGUCAGGUGCUGGAUGGCGGGGGGCGGGGGCGGCUGUCUCUGUAGUGGGACCAAUGACAGAAGCUGUUCUCUAGAAUUUUCAGGAUGGCUGUAGCCUGCGAUCAGAAUGAGAGAAUCAAGCUGGGUGGACUCUCUCGCCAAGAGUACAGGUAAGGUCCUGUUUAUUCACCGGGAAUGCUUCCCAGAGCCAGACCCUGAAUGCUACCAGCCUUGCUAACAAACCUCAACUUUUUUCCAGUUUAUUUAAGUUUAAAUGAUAACGCUGUGACUCUUUUUUCUUUUUCUGAGUUUUGGUUGGAUUUUUUCAUGCAAACUUUUCAUUUUAUCUCAUACCGAAAUGGUUUGAAAUGUAACUAUUUUGAAAACCUGAAUGUGUUUUAGAACUUCUUUAAUUGACUGUUUGCUCUUUUUCCCUUUGAACAUUUUACGUGCUCUAAGCAUUUGUGUCUCGUAACCACCUUUUUCCUCCCUCCCCCGCUCCCGGGAGGUGCUGAAUGUUGGCAUUUGGGCAGAGGUGUUUAGAAGGAAAGAGUGCCAAUUCACCAACCCGCUGGCUAUUUCGCCUUCCUUUGGAGGAGACUGUUGGCAACAAUCGCAUGGCGUUACUGCCCUGCCCGCUUACUGAGUUACUUCACAGGAGGAAAAAAGGGGCUCCGGCCCUAACCACUCAGUGACUCAGUGCCACAUGUUGGAUUGAAUACUGGAAAAGAAGCCAAUGUCCUCCCUAGUAAAUCCGCGACCCCGCUGUGUGGAGCUGUGACCCCACCACUGGAGGCCAGCCCGAAACCCAGGGAGGGGACAGGUGGAGUCCACUAGCUGAGUGUGAAACCUAUUUCAUCCGGGGAGUAUCCUAGAAUCUAGUGGACGUACGGCACUAAUGAAAAAUACCAAAUUAUCCAGGAAGAAUUCUGGGCAUCACAUUAGCCCCUCCCUCCCCCCAGGAAAAACCGCCCCUGGUGGCUCCGGUUCCCUUGGUCCUUGGGCGUGGGGGCCCACGGGACCCACAGCUGCAGCUAUCUGUUACAUUAGCCAGUUUUUCCUUGUUCAGUGAGGUUUUCUUCCUCUAGGGGAUGGGAGUGGCUUUUUUUCUUUCUUUCUUCUUUUUUUCCUCCCCCAAGAUCUCUUUUAGCUGCAAAGACUUGAAAAGACUCUGAAGGUCCUCCUUCGGUCCGCAUUGUUGGGGAGGAGGGAAAUUAGAGCUCAGGGGACCUUGCGCAGCAGCCGAGAGAGCUCCUCGGGCUCUACCUGCACCAGUAGCUCCGGCCACUGGGAGCAGGGCAGCUCUGGAGGCGGCGUUCUUAGAGCCUUUGCAGCGAGGUCUUGGUGGGAGCGGGUCUUUCUCCAGCCUCUUGCCAAGCCCCUGCCAGCCGUGAGCAGGGGGUACUCCCCGCGGACUCUUGGUUCUCUUCUGUACCCGCUGUGUGUGUAGCCAAAGAACAGUGCCGAGGCCUCCUGUUAGCUGGCUAGCCCUGUACAACACUCUGUAUGUUUACACUGUAUGUUACUGCAAUGCUCCCCCCUUGUACAGCCUUGUGAGAUGCUCUUUGAAUAUGGUCCUUGUGUUUUUUUUAUUUUCAAUAAAAGUGCGUUACUCCUCAGUUGCUGGUAUUUAAUAGUGCUGCUGAGUGUGCCUUGUGUGAGUGUGCGUGUGCUCCCGCGUCACAGGCCCCAGAGCUGGAGCUGGCCAGCGGUGGUCCUGCUUUCCCUCCGCAGGUGGUGGUUGGGAUAUGCUACCUGAGGUAACAAGUUUUUGUUUCAGGGAGGGACUAGGGAGUGGGGCGGGCCGAUGAGGGGGGAAAGUCUGUUUUGUCUGCCCUUCUCUACUAUUCUAUUAAACUGCUGAUGUUUAUUUUCAGGAAUAUUUUGCAAAUGUUCUUCUCACUCUUCCCCAGUACAACUGUAGGCCUUUAUGGUGAAACAUCUCCUGGAGUACACGCAGGGCACAGAGUCCAACCUCCCGUAUAGUUUGCUGCUAGUCCUGGGCCUCUUCUUGAUGGAAGUUAUCCGGUCCUGGUCGCUGACGUUGACGUGGGCCUUGAACUACCGAACCGGGGUGCGCCUUCGAGGGGCCAUCCUGACCAUGGCAUUUAAGAAGAUCCUGAAGCUGAAGAACAUGAAAGAGAAGUCCUUGGGGGAGCUCAUCAACUUGUGUUCCAGCGAUGGCCUGAGGAUGUUUGAGGCCGCGGCGGUGGGCAGCUUAUUAGCGGGUGGCCCCAUCGUGGCCAUCUUGGGCAUGGUGUAUAAUGUUAUUGUUCUGGGACCAACAGCCAUCCUGGGAUCCCUUGUUUUCCUCCUGUUUUACCCAGCAAUGAUGUUUGUUUCACGGCUCACUGCCUAUUUCAGAAGAAAAGCUGUGGCUGCCACAGAUUACCGAGUACAGAAAAUGAAUGAAGUUCUCAACUACAUUAAAUUUAUUAAAAUGUAUGCUUGGGUCAAAGCAUUUUCUCAGAAUGUCCAGAAAAUCCGAGAGGAGGAGCGCAGGAUUCUAGAGCGGGCUGGAUACUUCCAGAGCAUCUCUGUGGGAGUGGCCCCCAUCGUGGUGGUCAUCGCCAGUGUGGUGACAUUUUCUGUGCACAUGAUCUGUGGCUACGAUCUCACCGCUGCUCAGGCUUUCACAGUGGUGACUGUCUUCAACUCAAUGACAUUCGCUUUGAAAGUGACCCCCUUUUCGGUGAAGUCUCUCUCGGAGGCAUCCGUGUCUAUUGAGAGAUUUAAGAGUUUAUUUCUAAUGGAAGAGGUUCACAUGGUAAAGAACAAACCUGCCAGUCCUCACGUCACGAUUGAGGUGAGAAAUGCCACUUUGGCGUGGGACUCCCCCCACUCCAGUAUCCAGAACUCGCCAAAACUGAGCCCCAAAGUGAAAAAGGGCAAGAGAUCCGCCAAGGGCAGGCGCGAGAAGGCCAAGCUGCCGCACGGGGACCAGCAGCAGGCCGUGCUGGCCGAGCAGAAGGGGCACCUGCUGGUGGACAGCGACGAUCGGCCCAGCCCGGAGGAAGAGGGCCGGCCCAUCCGCCUGGCCGGCCUCCGCCUUCAGAGGACGCUGUACAACAUCGACCUGGAGAUCGAGGAGGGAAAACUGGUUGGCAUCUGUGGCAGCGUGGGAAGCGGGAAAACCUCCCUGAUUUCCGCCAUCCUGGGCCAGAUGACCCUUCUAGAGGGCAGCAUUGCUGUUAAUGGGACCUUUGCUUAUGUGGCCCAGCAGGCCUGGAUCCUCAAUGCCACUCUGAGAGACAACAUCCUCUUUGGGAAGGAGUUUGAUGAAGAAAGAUACAACGCUGUGCUGAACGGCUGCUGUCUGAGGCCUGACCUAGCCAUCCUUCCCAACAGCGACCUGACCGAGAUCGGUGAGCGUGGGGCCAACCUGAGCGGAGGCCAGCGCCAAAGGAUCAGUCUGGCCCGAGCCUUGUACAGUGACCGAAGCAUCUACAUCCUGGACGAUCCUCUCAGUGCCUUAGAUGCCCACGUGGGCAACCACAUCUUCAACAGUGCCAUCCGAAAAUACCUCAAGUCCAAGACCGUCUUGUUUGUUACUCACCAGCUCCAGUACCUGGUUGACUGUGAUCAAGUGAUCUUUAUGAAAGAGGGCUGUAUCACGGAGCGUGGCAGCCACGAGCAGUUGAUGGAUCUGAAUGGCGACUAUGCGGCCAUUUUUAAUAACCUGCUUCUGGGAGAGACCCCCCACAUUGAGAUCACCUCCAAAAAAGAGACAAGUGGUUCUCAGAAAAAGCCACAAGAGAAGGGCCCUAAAGUGGGAUCCGUGAAGAAGGACAAAGUGGUGAAGACCGAUGAAGGACGUUUGAUGCAGCAAGAGGAGAAGGGGCAGGGCUCUCUGCCCUGGUCCGUGUACGGCACCUACAUCCAGGCCGCGGGCGGCCCCUUGGCGUUCCUGUUCAUUCUGUCCCUCUUCAUCCUGAACGUGGGCAGCACGGCCUUCAGCACCUGGUGGUUGAGUUACUGGAUCAAACAAGGCAGUGGGAACACCACGGUGACGAGGGGGAACCUGACCCUGCUGAGCGACAGCAUGAAGGACAACCCUCACAUGCACUACUACGCCAGGAUCUACUCGCUCUCCAUGGUGAUCAUGCUGAUCCUGAAGGCCAUCCGCGGCAUUGUCUUUGUCAAGGGAACACUGAGGGCAUCUUCCAGGCUCCAUGAUGAGCUUUUUCGAAAGAUUCUUCGAAGCCCCAUGAAGUUCUUUGAUACAACCCCCACGGGAAGGAUCCUCAAUCGAUUUUCAAAGGACAUGGAUGAAGUUGAUGUCCGCCUCCCAUUCCAGGCUGAAAUGUUUAUCCAGAAUGUCAUCCUGGUCUUCUUCUGUGUCGGCAUGAUUGCGGGGGUCUUCCCCUGGUUCCUGGUGGCAGUCAUGCCCCUCCUGGUUUUCUUUGCCGUGUUGCACAUUCUGUCCAGGGUCCUGAUUCGAGAGCUCAAACGCUUGGACAACAUCACCCAGUCUCCUUUUCUGUCCCACAUCACCUCCAGCAUCCAGGGCCUGGCCACCAUUCAUGCUUACAACCGAGGGCAGGAAUUUCUGCACAGGUACCAGGAGCUUUUGGACAACAACCAGGCUCCCUUCUUCCUGUUCACCUGUGCCAUGCGGUGGCUGGCCGUGCGGCUGGACGUGAUCAGCAUCGCCUUGAUCACCACCACGGGGCUGAUGAUCGUCCUCAUGCAUGGCCAGAUCCCCCCGGCCUACGCAGGGCUCGCCAUCUCCUACGCUGUCCAGCUGACGGGACUCUUCCAGUUUACGGUUCGACUGGCCUCAGAGACAGAAGCUCGAUUCACAUCAGUGGAGAGGAUUAAUCACUACAUUAAGACUCUCGCCUUGGAAGCACCUGCUCGAAUUAAAAACAAGGCUCCUCCUCCAGACUGGCCCCAGGAAGGAGAAGUUGUCUUCGAGAAUGCAGAGAUGCGGUAUCGAGAGAACCUCCCUCUAGUCCUAAAGAAAGUGUCUUUCACCAUCAAACCCAAGGAGAAGAUCGGCAUCGUGGGCCGGACGGGCUCAGGGAAAUCUUCUCUGGGCAUGGCCCUGUUCCGCCUGGUCGAGCUCUCGGGAGGCUGCAUCCAAAUCGAUGGGGUGAAGAUCCAUGACAUCGGGCUCGCCGAUCUCCGAAGCAAGCUCUCCAUCAUCCCUCAGGAGCCCGUGUUGUUCAGCGGCACAGUCAGGUCAAACUUGGAUCCUUUCAACCAGUACGGUGAAGACCAGAUUUGGGAUGCUCUAGAAAGGACACAUAUGAAAGAAUGUGUUGCUCAGCUACCUCUGAAACUUGAGUCGGAAGUGUUGGAGAACGGGGAAAACUUCUCGGUGGGAGAGCGGCAGCUCCUGUGCAUCGCGAGGGCGCUGCUGCGGCACUGCAAGGUUCUGAUACUGGAUGAAGCCACGGCGGCCAUGGAUAGCGAGACCGACUUACUGAUUCAGGAAACCAUCCGGGAGGCCUUUGCCGACUGCACCAUGCUGACGAUCGCUCAUCGCCUGCACACCGUCCUGGGCUCCGACCGUAUCAUGGUGCUGAUGCAGGGUCAGGUGGUGGAAUUUGACACUCCGGCUGUGCUUCUGUCCAAUGACAGCUCCCGAUUCUAUGCCAUGUUUGCUGCUGCAGAGAACAAAGUCGCCGUCAAGGGCUGAUGUCCCUGGCUGGGUGUUGCCCGUGGAAACAUCCCCUCACGAACCCUCCCUGGGGCGGGGCCCGCAUCGCUUUCCCUCCCCCGAAACCCAGAUCUUGCAUUGCCCAAGUUUUUAAACGUUGACAUAGCAGUUCAGGACUGGCUUGUGUUUCACCGUCAGGGAGAUUCACGUUUUAAUUAUCGUAUUUAUUCCCUCUCCAUACAAACCAAGCUUUGUUUUCGUCCUUACUUGCACUCUCAAGGUUCAGGGAACCGUUAUUAUCAAUGUCUCAGAGGCCUAGAAUGAAGCUUUACUCACGUAGCUCCCUCCACAAUCCUGCCCAGAGUCUCUAUUACAGACAGUGAAACCGCGCGCUUUCUUUUCUAUUAAACGAGCACUGUGCUGGAGGGCAGACCCUUUUGUACCCCUUUGGUACAGUUGGCUGUACCGAGCUCCGACUCUGCCCUCAGAAUGUAGAGACGUGGCCGAUCGGCUCUUUUCUAAGCCGGUCUCUCCCUUCCGCGACGGCAGAUCCUCCUGCCCGGCAGAACGGACGCACGAGCGCGGCGGCGGUCUGCUCUUCCGGAGGCCCGCGGCAGCCCGACGGCCUCUCCGGCAGGGUUGGGGCCGAGGCUGCGGGGCUCAUGCUGGAAGCACUCAGGACUCUUAGCUGCUCGGGUGGAAGGAACGGCGGCCGCGGUGGGGGGCAGGGGCGGCCCACGCCGCCGGGGCUCCCAGCCCUCUCUGCGCCAGCCUCCCUUCAGUAGUGGGAAGCUCAGAAGUGCCCAAGGCAGAGGAUGCUCUUUUCUCUCGAAGAAUCACGCCCGCGUGCCCUUCUUCCUGCAGCUCCUGGCUGGGCGGCCGGGGCUGGGUGCCCGCCACUGCCGCUGCUGACUGGGGGCCGGGGGAGCGGGUGUCAGAUGGUACUUUGAAGCUCUCCUGCCCCCUUCCCCCCCCCCCCCAGACUUUCCUACUCUAUAACUCUGUGAUAGAAUUCAAGAUUUGCAAUCCAAAGCCUGCACCGGGAUCCGUCACACACUGAAGUAGAAGCUUGUUUGUUUGCCUUUUUUUUUUAACUGUCAAGAGACCUACCUCUGGUGGCUGACGACUACGUGCUACACACCUGCAGUACACUUCGGGGACCCGUCCCGGGCUGUGGGGCUCUCGCUCAGGGGACGGGCGGCUGCUCGCCGAGCAGCCUGGGGCUGAGGAAUCAGCGCUGCAUGUUUCUGUCUGCUAGACAAUUUGUAACCUUAGCAUGUUUGCUAAACUCCUUGUGAAGACAAAGAUCUGGGGGGGAAAUAAAACUAUUUUGGGUUUUA